UGCUACCCAGUAAUACAGGUGAAGAAAAGAUGAAUGCCAUCCAGGUGAUUUCCCUCACUCUGCUGUCCGUUCUGGCGGCUAACGCUCAGGUCAUCAAGCCCGGAAGAUGUCCCAGGCCUGCAGUUCAGCCAGAAUUUGAUGCAGCCAGGUAUCUUGGUACAUGGUAUGACAUCCAGAGACUGCCACAUACCUUCCAGAAGGGUGAGUGCUGCACUGCCACCUACAGCCUGAAGAGCCCUGGAGUGGUUGGUGUCCUCAACAAGGAGCUGCUUGCUGAUGGGUCCAUUAGCACCAUCAGCGGCAGUGCCAUGGCUAAGGACCCCACUGAGCCUGCCAAGCUGUUGGUCUCCUUCUUUGAGAACUCUCCUCCCGCCCCUUACUGGGUGCUGUCCACCGACUACGACAACUACUCUCUGGUCUACAGCUGCACCGACCUCGGCAUUCUGCAUGUGGAGUUCGCCUGGAUCAUGAGCAGGCAGCCUACCAUGCCUGAGGAGACCAUUGAGGAGCUGCACAGCACCUUGUCCUCCAUCGGAGUCCAAGUGGACAAGCUGAUCACCACCAACCAGGAUGCAUCUUACUGCAGCGCCAUGCACCAGUAAACAGACCGUCACCAGUACAAGAAUGUAAAGUAAACGUACAAGAAAUAAAGUUUUUCAAACAGCAGUGCAGAUGCAGCUCUGUGGUGAUCUCAUGUAACACAACACUGAUAAUUGAUUUCCUGUUUAUUACACGACCUUUGCUGCUAUGUUUUCAUCUUACUAAAAUUACUCUUUGGUUAAUUGGUUUGGCCUCUGAUAGCCAGAAUGUUUUACAUAGUUUCACACUACGUUUCACAUUGUCAUUAAUGACUGGUCUAAAGUGCAUGUUUAACAGCUAAUGUUAUUCCCUACAUCCUUCAUUCAUACGUUAAUAAUUAGGCCUUAAUGGAUCUUUUACUGUUUAUUUACACCUGUAAACAAACGGCUUGUGAUCUAAGUGGCAACCUCAAAAAUAAAAAU